AUGCGCUUCGUUACUUUCACUGGGGCCCUAGCCCUAGUCCACACUGCGCGGGCUUCUCUGAACAUCACCCUAAGCCAGACUGGCAAUACUCUGAUCAAAGCUGUCGUCAAGAAUGAAGGCCCAGAUGAUAUCAAUUUCGUCCAUUACAACUUCUUUGGCGAUACUGCCCCAGUCAAGAAAGUCUCUAUCUAUCGCAAUGGAACCCAGGUCGACUUCGAAGGAAUUCACCAGAUCUACCGCAUGACCAAGCUUACCUCUGACGCUGUGACCAAUCUUGUUGCAGGUGCUAGCUAUGAGGACGAAUUUGACAUUGUCUCGAACAACGACCUCUCUCAGGGCGGCACCGUUACCAUCUACUCCGAAGGAUACGUUAAUCUCGUAGUAACCAAUGGCUCGGUCUCAGGCACCAUGCCCUACUCCUCUAACGAACUUACCAUCGACAUCGACCCAAAGCAAGCAAAGACCGUUUCCAAAGCCCGUCCCAUGGGCAAAGCUCGAACAGUCACUACAUGCUCUCCUGACCGCCAGGCCAUCGUGGACACAGUCCUAGCCAACACCGUCAAUCUAGCCAAUGCGGCCGCCGACGCAGCAACCUCCGGAGACGCAGCUCAAUUCAAUUACUACUUCAAGACUACCGCCUCCAGAGCCCGCGAGAGAGUCUCCGCCCGUCUGCGCGGCGUAGCCAGAGAAGCCGGCUCUACCAGCGACAACAUUAACUACUACUGCACCGACCCAUGGCCAGAGCAGGGUAACUGCAAGGAAAAUUUCCUUGCUUACGCAUGGGCUCAGUACAGCAUGAUUGCGAACUGCGAGCUUUACUAUACUUUGUUGACGACGGAGUUGCCCACGGUCUGCGAGGGACAGGAUGAGGCGACGACUGCGGUUCAUGAGUUCACGCAUUUGCCUGCGGUGUAUGAUCCGCCGACUAGUGAUUUUAAGUAUUCGGAUGAGGCGUUGCUGUUAGGGAGUGAGCAGGCGUUGGAGAAUGCUGAUAAUUACGCCAUGUAUGCGACUGCUGUCUACCUUAACUGCAACUUGGCUUCUUUAUCGAGCUUGGAUAUAAAUUGGGAUUCAUAA